AUGGAUCCUUCCAAGCAGAAGAAGCCUUCCCUUCCUCGUCUGGUUACAAAGGCCUCUGCGGACCGCCAAUCCACGAUCUCGCUGCCGACAUUGGCACCUAAGAUCCCGACUGAGAUCAACUUGCAGCAGCGUCCCAAGUCCGAGAGAGAGGCCAUAGCACCUUUCCUGUUUCCAGAGGACACCGAUGACGAGAACCUUGCCCCAAUCAACAAAUACAGCCUGGAAUUUAAGAUCCGCAAGAGCGUCGAGGAGGAAUCGCCAACCGCCACGAAGAAGAAGACGAUGUACUAUGAGGAUGCCUUUGCUAUUCGGGGCUCCCACAACUCGCCCAAGGAGCGUGUUGCUCAGGAAUCUGUUGUGAUUGCGGAGCUGAUCACCAACCACAAGGCGAGAGAGGAAAAUUCGCGACUGAUCUCUGAUCUUGUCUCCCGUCUUGCCCAGAUCUAUCAGCGUUCAGAGUCGGCCUUGCAAGUAGUGGUUCAGCAAGAUAUCUCAAUCAUCUUUGGCAACGCCUCGCAUCCUUCAUACCUGUUGAAGAUCUACGCACUUCCAUCGGCCAUCGGGCCAGUGACCAACAUCCGCAACACGGGCCUCAUCCAGACAGCUCUUCAAGAGCUUCUGGGAAUUCCCCCGGAUCAAGGUAUUGUUCUUUUCCUGCCGGUCCCCGAGGAAAAUCUGGCGACAAACGGAUCGACUGCACAAGGCGCGAUCUCUCGCCUGGAACGCACCGAAACGGACAGCCCAGGGCUGAUCAAGUCGAUCUCCCGCGGCAUGAGCCGACGUCUGAAGUCGAGCAGUGGCAACAGUGGUCCUUUCUCUUUGCCCUCGGCUCUGGUUUCUCCCGCAUCGGCGACUCCGACCAAUCUCGUUCAAUCUCCGAUCGCAGAGACUGCGCCGGUCGAGGACGAGCGACGGGGAAGGACUCUCAAGAAGAGAGAGUCUUUGCGGACCAUUAUUCAUCGUCACAUGCGGCCCAAGAAGGAGAGUGAGAUCAAGGAGGACGUGAAGGAGUAG